UAAACCUAUUGGUAGCUGUCGCAAACUGUCGGGCUUCAGAGACAGGGACAGGGCUACUGCUAGAUUGAAUUUAAAAUUAUUUUUUUCGUGAAACCAGAAACGUGAAUAUAAUGGCAGACGAGGAGAAUUUACCAUCGGGUUGGGAGAAAAGAAUGAGCCGCAACUCAGGCAAGGUGUAUUACUUCAACCACACCACCAACGCCAGCCAAUGGGAACGACCGGUAGGAGACUGCCUUGGAGAGCCAGAUAAGGUACGCUGCUCUCAUCUCCUGGUCAAACACAAACAGUCACGCCGUCCGUCCUCCUGGCGGGAACAAAACAUCACACGAUCCAAAGAUGCGGCUGUGGAUCUGAUUCAGAAGUACAUCGAGCAGAUUAAGUCUGGAGAAGAGAAGUUUGACGCUUUGGCUUCCCGGUUCAGCGACUGCAGUUCAGCUAAGAAUGGCGGAGACCUGGGACUCUUUGGCAAAGGUGAAAUGCAGAAACCUUUUGAAGACGCCUCCUUUGCGCUCAAGAUUGGAGACAUGAGCGGCCCUGUUUUUACCGACUCCGGAGUGCACAUCAUCCUGCGCACUGGCUGAAGCAAGCGCUACGCACACACACUCACACACUCACACACACACACACACACACACACACACUAGCCUGUAAUCUCGAAAUACGCAACAGCAAAGCUUUACACGCCUCAUCACAUGAACGACAAGAGGUACCGCAAACGCAAAUACUCCCAACAUUUCAGCAGAACGUCCUGCACAUGUUUGAUCACGUACGUAGCGUAGCGUUAAACGCGCCAGUUGAACGUGCAUGUCAUCAAAACAAGCAUCUCGGUCUUCCUCUGUGACGUUAGCAGUGUUACUUUCACUCGCCCUGAUAGUGUAAGCAUUUCACUUCAUAAGCUAACGUCAUCAUGUCAAUGGAGAACACUUGAUUGAUUUUAAAAAAACAAAAAUCUCCACCAACCAACCAUAGGAACUGUCCAGCCGUCAAGGCUCCUCCUUCUUCCAUCAAAAUAAAAGCCCUGUUUUUUUUCGUAA